AUGGAGAACGUGUACGUGAUAAAAGUAAAAACGAAGCCAGCUCUGUCCUCGUUGUAUCCGUCAGAGCGACGUUACUCGGCGUCAACCGUCGGAGGCCUGUCCUUCGUGCACUUUGGUCUCGGUGCGCUUUCGCUUCUGCUGGGCAGCCUGGCCUUAUCUCUUCAAGGCCCGAUCCUGUCAGUGGCUUGUUUAGUUCCCUUCGUGACUGGUCUGCUCGCCUGGAGAAGAUGGUAUAUCGAUCGAAACAUCGCUAUCUUCUUCUACGGAUGUCUGUUCUCCCUGACUGCGGCGGUUCUCUGUUUUAUCGCCACGAUGUUCGACAUCGCGGCUGCUGCCGAGAGCAGAGGCUCCUUAUGGUCUUUCGGGAAGAUGCUCGACCAACCACGAGACCACUCUCACCUCGUUGAACACCUGAGGAACGACACGAUAUUGAACGACGUUGCUACGUCGCUCGACGAGGACAAUUUCAAUCUCAGUGGAACCUACGAUCACUCUUCGAGCACACAUUCUUACUCUCCCAUGCCUGGAAUUGUGUUUGACAACAUGUCGAAUAUCUCUGGAUACAUCUUGAGAACCUCGACGAUUAAUCCCGAAGGAGAUGAAAGAAUCGAAAGUUCACAGAACUUGUUAGCUAACAGCGAUGACAGGGACGAGGGGGAUGUACAAGGAGAUUCAUCAGAGAACGUGACAGAGAAGUCCUUGGAAACGAUCAAGAGCAGAAUGAUGUCAUUCUGGUACAGGGAUCAUCGUCAGUCGUCGCACACCAAAAUCUUGCUCACGGUUAACGUGCUGGUGGCGUCUCUCCUCGAGAUAUUUUGGUCCGCUUUAAGCGCCAGAAUAGCUCUUCGGGGGAUGAUGAAUCGGUUGCCAGAGAGCAGCUACGUGAAUGGAACGACCGGCAACGUGAAAUUGGACGAAGUGGCAAUGGGAAAGAGGAAACCGCCGGCACCAAGGCCGGACAUUCUGGAUCACGAUCGCAGGCUGUCGGAGAGCUUGCAAAAUUUGACAGCGUUGCACGGUCUGAGGAACUCGGGGCCGAGGUUACCCCUUCCGGAGUCCAGCAGAGAAUUUAGAGAGAGGGUGGAAAGGUUCCUAGCGAAUCAGGCAGCGCAUCGUAUCGUCGAAGGAUCUUGCUCUUGA